GCCGUGCGAAUUUACCUCCGCGAAAAUAAGGGCCGCUCUCGCGCUCGCGCGCGUCCCGCCACGUCACACAGCUCAGCCAAGUGGUAAGUAAUACGACAUAAUGAAAGUUACAUUGCUUCCAAACGCCGUACGCGAGCGAGCGCGUCCACGCCCGUGUGCCGUGGAUGUCCUGACGGUGGCGUCGUCUCGCAACAGGCCCGCGCAAAGAACGAGUCCGACUGCAGCGACGAUGACGAUAUUACCCGCAGAGAGAGAGAGAGAGAGAGAGAAAGAGAGAGAGUGAGUCACUGACAAACGGACAGACUGAUGGGUGAAAGAGAGUGAGAGGGCGACAGAGGGAGCGAGAGAGAGACCUCAUAUGUGUGCGUGAAAGAGAGAGAGAAAGAGAGAGAUAAAAAAACUGACGUAGCGCGCGGAUUUCUAUUCUAUGAGAGUGCUUCACUGAACAAAGCUGAGCGAAUGAAUACCCGGCGCCGUUAUUAUCCGCUCCGCGACCGAUACUCGCACGUUUAACUCGUCACGCUUGUGCGGUACUUCCGCUCGGCCGUGGCGAUCGUCCGCCGUCGCGAUCCGCCGUUGCUCCGUUGAGGUAAGACGGAAACACGGGCGGUGCACGUAAGGAGAGAGGAAGAAAAAAAAGAAAAAAAAAAGAAGAAUGCGAAAGAAAAAUCAUCUCGCCGUCACGCGUUUGAGAGAGAGAGACGUUCGUUCGACCGGCGUAUUUACUCGGUAGAGGCCUGUUUACAUCGUGCAUCCGGCCUUUUCGUGCUUCUCGCGUAUACUCGGAAUCAUACAUAGGCUCUCGUGUGUUUACAAGCGUGCCGUAUCAUCCGUGUCAGCUGUGCGCGUCGAUAUCGCGUACGAGUCGAUUCGCAGCGCAGAGCGCGACGCUACGCGACGUGACGCGGCUCACCUCACCUCACCGUUGAGGUUAGGGUAACUCUCCUCUCGCGGUCAUCACUUGAACGGGUGGUGUAUGCUGGUGGUAUGGGCUGCAUGCGCGUUUCCUCGCUGCCGGCGCGACGCGCGAGCGGGGGCGCCGUAACAGAAACGCGUGCUGCUCUCUCCGCCUAGUCGCCUGUCCGCCAGCCCGUUCGUUCGUUCGCUCGCUCGCUCGCUCACUCAUUCGCUCGUUCGCUCUUGUCGUUCUGUCCUGUCGCCGCUCGCUCGCUUCUGGUGAAUUCGUAUGGUGAAUUAUUGAUCCGCGGCGGCGUGUGCGUGCGGAAAAACCGCCGUUGGUUGGAAGAGAGGAAGGGUAGAAGGUAGGGGGGUAGAGAAAGAGAGAGAGAGAGAGAGAGGGUAGGGGAGCUGAAGCCGCGGAGUGGCGCAUGGCGGUGGCGCGAGAAAGCGCUUAAAGCGAGCACACGUACGGGGUGAGACGUGCGCUGGUUGGUGUGUUGGUUGUAUAUUGUUUUGAAAAGUGUCGCGACGCGCGCGGACGCACGCGACGCAUCACGUCACGUCACAUCACAUCACAUCGCGUCGCGUCACAUCGUAUCGCAUCGCAUCGCAUCGCAUCGCAUCGCAUCGCGUCGCGUCGGAUCGCUGUGCCUCAGUCGCGAGAUUCACGAGGCGCCAAGUUGAAUCGGAGCACAUUGGCGAGAUCGUGUCUUUCAGUCUCUAGACGAAGUCUAUAGAGCGAGCGAAGUGUACAUCCUUUGUGUCGCCUCCUUUGGUCGUCCGUAACACGUAAUAACGGUGCAUACGUCCGUCGCCCCGAGCGUCGAGUUUCUUCGUCUUUCCGUUGCGCGAAUUACUCCAUCCAUCCAUCCAUGCGUGUGUAAACGCGAAACGGGAACGAACGCGGGAAAAGCGUGCGUGGGUAAUGCAUACGAGAGGCGUCGCGGCGCGACGCGCGACGAGGAAGUUAUUCGAGGGAGACCGGUGAGUACCGAGUGUCGCGAAGUGACGAGAAACCGAAGGAAGGUAAUCCUUUCCGUGAUCUUCGUGCCCCGACGACGGGACUGUCGUGAAAUUGCGAGAGACGCGUGAAACGACGUGCAAUACAAUCCAACCCGGGGGGGGGUCAGGAGUGUCAGUAGUGCAUUGUCGUCGUCGGACUACGCCGACGACGACGGAGAAAAGGUGGAGGAGAAGAUCAGUGCCGUCGCGCGGAGGAAACUUGAGGGGAAACCCGACGUUUUGUGUCGUUUUGUCGUACGAUCGCUGCUGAACGCGCUCCGAUAAUCCCGGAGGAAGGCAACGUCCUAUCUUCGCCACCGCGGGGCUUGGAUGGAUACUGUGCAUUAUUUCUGGAGUAAGUGCAUCACAUUUUCCGGCCUGUUUCACCAUCGUGCGUAUAUGUGAGCGGCAUAUGUUGUGUAUGCGUUCGACGGGCGCGAUACCAGGUGUACCCACGUCGCCGUCAUCCUGACCUGCCCGAGAAAUCCUCAUGAAAGACUGGGAACUCAGUACUCAGAAUAGCAUCGGCAGUGCGGUGGCUGCAGCCGACACCAUUUCCGCGCCGUGGACCCCCGCGAGUUCCGGGCCGCCGCCCGACGCCAACGGCUCCGGCUCGGAUACGAAGAACCUCGACGUUGGCGAAAUUAGCGAUGAUGAGAAGGACUUGUCGGCAGCGGACGCGGAGGGUGUGUGGUCGCCGGAUAUCGAACAGAGCUUUCAGGAAGCUCUUACCAUAUAUCCGCCAUGUGGUCGACGCAAAAUCAUCCUUUCCGACGAAGGGAAGAUGUACGGUCGCAACGAGCUGAUCGCUCGUUAUAUCAAAUUGAGGACCGGUAAGACGAGAACGCGAAAACAAGUAUCCUCGCACAUACAGGUUCUCGCGAGAAGAAAACUUCGGGAAAUACAGGCAAAACUUAAAGUGGAUCAUGCCGCCAAGGAGAAGGCGCUCCAGACAAUGUCAAGCAUGUCAAGCGCCCAAAUAGUAUCAGCUGGAAGCGCGAUACACAACAAGAUGCCCCUCAUGGGCGGGACCCUUGCCCUUCAUGCUUCCACCCCUGUCUCCUAUCCCGGAGCGCAAUUUUGGCAGCCAGGCCUGCAACCAGGAACGUCCCAGGAUGUCAAACCCUUCCCUCAGCCUGCCUACACCGGAAAACCUGCGACAGCGGUCUCGAGUGGUGAUUUGGUCCAAGCGCAGCCUGCACCACCAUGGGAAGGACGUGCUAUCGCGACUCACAAGCUCAGGCUUGUUGAGUUUUCGGCCUACAUGGAACAACAAAGAGAACAGGAGAUUUACCACAAACACCUGUUCGUCCAUAUAGGAGGUUCCGCGACAUACGCUGAUCCGCUAUUGGAAGCGGUCGAUGUUAAACAGAUAUAUGACAAAUUCCCGGAAAAAAAGGGCGGUCUUAAAGAACUUUACGAUAAAGGACCGCAAGCAGCUUUCUUUCUCGUUAAGUUUUGGGCUGAUCUCAAUAGUAACAUCCAAGACGAAAGUGGAGUAUUUUAUGGCGUCACGAGCCAGUACGAGAGCAACGAGAACAUGACGAUAACAUGUUCGACGAAAGUAUGUUCUUUCGGAAAGCAGGUAGUAGAGAAGGUAGAAACAGAGUACGCCAGGUUUGAGAAUGGCAGGUUCGUUUACCGUAUUAGCCGUUCACCUAUGUGCGAAUAUAUGAUUAAUUUCAUCCACAAACUGAAGCACCUGCCAGAAAAGUACAUGAUGAAUAGCGUUCUCGAAAAUUUCACCAUCCUUCAGGUUGUCACGAACAGGGAUACGCAGGAAACGUUAUUGUGUACGGCAUAUGUGUUCGAAGUAUCGGCAUCUGAACACGGUGCUCAGCAUCACAUAUACAGAUUGGUCCAAGACUAGCCUGCUUGAACCUGCUCGCCAUGCAGCCAUCCACCCCCAUCAGUGCCUACCAUCACAUAAAGAUCAUCCAUACACAUAUACACAUAUGAUUAUAUUGUGAAAAUACAAUAUAUGCAUAUAGCAGAGUUCCUCUAUUCUAAAGUUAUUGGAAUCGAGCAAUGUUGAGCAUUUCUGUAAUCUUUUCUUUACUUCUUAUUCUUAUGACACGAAUUGAUUGAAAAUGUUAUUACGUAGUAUAUUUUGUUCUUAUUGCAUUAUUGUGUCAAAUAUGACAAAAUGGGGAAACAGUAAGCAGUAGCGUAAAAAGAGAAAUUUAGUUUAGAGGAAUUCAGCUAAUUUAGAAUAGAAGAACAUUUAGAAUAGAGAAAUUUGAUUGUGCGAUAUGAUGCGUGAAUAUAUGAGUGUAAACAUGUUUACACUUAUACAAAAAUAUUUUCGCGUCCAUAGGAGAGUUUCGAUGGAAAAUAUUCGGUCGAUGACAUAAAAAUUAUGAAAAAUCAUCCUAUAAACAGUUGUAAAUACUGAGUAAAUAAUAGAUGUUAUAAUAAAACUUCCUAUACAAUUAUUAUAAUA